AUGAGUGAGACCCAACUGUCAGACCAAUACUUAUACCAAAGCUCCCUUAAGAGUGACCCGGAGAUCAAAGUAUCUUCCACCAAGCGUAUCCCUAACGUUAUCGAUCUAAAUCAGGGUUCGUAUCAAAAUGGAGUCAUCACUAUCGAUGCCACGGCUCAACUUAAUGGUUCGGAAGGCUUUGCUUGUCUUCGUGAUGCUUACAUCAUGCUACCUUACAAGGUUUCGAUGAAGAAUGGUGCUACUGCGCAAACCGCUGCCGCAAACCGUUUCUGUACGACCCUAAAAUGUGGUAAUUUCAAUGUAGUUGACUCGAUGUCUUUGGAAUUGAAUGGUAAGACUAUUAUUUCGAUGGCUGACUACAAACUCUUCUGGAAUAAUGUUCGUUCUCAAACUGGAUACAGUCCUCAGUACGUUGAGAAGCAUGGUGCUGAGUCGUUCCUAUACCCCGAUGCAGCUCAGUCCGUCUCGUAUAGUUCUGGAUCCGCUUCCACUAGCGGAGAUGGAUAUUCUAACACUAUGGCUUUUUCAUCAUCGUUUAGUACUUCCGCUCCUCCUGGUGGUGCAACUAUCCCUAAUGACGGCUUCGUUACGCGUCUAUUAUCGAUUCCUCCGACAGCAGGCGCUGAUUUCUCUAGCGGUUGGCCUUCACUAGGUGCUGCUUCUGCUUGUACUACCAUCUCGAAUCAAACGGCUCGUGGUGCUUUUGUUGCUGGCGCAUCUACUGCUAACGCUAUCAUGGGUACGUGGAACUACAUGCUCAAGAUUAAAUUAACUGAUCUCCACCCGAUUUUCCGUGAGCUAGAUUUGAUGGCUAAUCCUCAGAUCCGACUUCGCUUCCGCGUGAAUCAGGGAUCGUCUGCUAUCGCUGUUGACGCUAGCAAAGGUAUGACGCUUACUUCGACAACGCUCUCUUCAGGCAAUACUUGUCCGGUAAUGGUCGCAAGUUCUGCAAGUGGUAAUCCGAUGAAUGGUGUACUUGCCGCUUCUGCCGGCUUCAGUGUUGCUUGGGGUGCUGUUGUUAACCCUCUUGAGCCUACGAUUGGUGGUACUUACAUGCCUUUUACUACAGCUCCUAUCAUCUCUAAACCGGUUAAGAAGGUUCGCUACAAUGAUUGUUAUGCUCAGUGGUUCUAUCAACGCACUGGCAUUGGUAAGCAAUCGACUCAGCUUAAUGCAUCGUUUGAUCUUCAGCUAUCGGCCUCGGUUAAAAAUGCUAAGUAUAUCGCAGUACUUCCAUUCGCUGAACAAACUAACAACUUCGCAUCUGCUGGUGUUCAACAGUUCCAGAGCCCAUUCGAUUCCGCCCCAUGGACGCUUCAACCUGGAUCUUCGAUUCGAAACUUAAAUAUUCGCAUUGGUUCAUCUCAGACGUUUGAUCUCAAUCAUGACUAUGACUUCCAUCACUUCACUAAUGAAGUCGCGAAGCUUGGCGCUAUCAAUGGCGAUCUAACUCCCGAACUCGUGAAUGGUCUACUUGAUUACCAAACUUGGUCGCUAACUAACCGCAUGCUCAUUGCCGACGUGUCUCGUCUAACUGAACGUGACGUACCGCAAGCUAUUCAAAUUCAGGGUGUAAACGCUGGCUGCCAAGGUGUCAAUCUUCUAGUUCUUGUUAUUAGUGAACAAGAGCUUACCUACAACCGAUUAACUGGUGAGGUUGAAGAUUAUACCACCGCUUAA